ACGCGUUGCCGUUUUAUUUUUGUCGGCAGAGAUCCUGAUCCUGCGCGCUUUCGAUGCAAGUCGGUUGCAUCCGAAACCGCACGCUAGCGUGCUAAAUAGCAUGUGAAAAUAGCAUGCCUUUAUAGUAUUUAAGAUACUAUUCAGCACGGUACUGUGCGGCUCGGGGUGUAACACUGUCCCUCUCUCUUCACUCGGACGGAAAUAGUCGGGGGCGGGGUGGGGGGGUUUAACUCCGGCUGCCACAUCCCUUUAAGAGCAACCGGGGACAUAGCGGUGAGAGAGAAAAGGAGAGGAGGGGGAGAAGAAAGAGGAAUUUAAAAAAGAAAAGGAAGAAAGGAGACAGGGGAGGCGGGGGAGGAGAGCGAGAGUGAGCACCGCGAUAAAAAAAAAAAAGAAAAGGAAAAAAAAAAAAGAAAGAUGUCAUCGUGCGAAGGGAAGCGCCGAGGUGGAGCGGUAGGCCGCGGCCGGGCUCCGGCACCACUUGCCCGGGUCACGGCGUGAACGCAACACCGAGGCUUCGACCAAAACACCCGAUUGGCCUGUUCGGGGCGGGCGGGGGGGGAGUUAACAGCCAGGGGAGGGGGACAAGAAUAACAACACAGAUUUAUGAAUCGGUUCGGUUUUUGUUUUUUUUAACCCUUUUUUUUCUUUUCCAAAACGCGUGAAUACUAUAAUGUGUGACGGUUAAAACAAGGUCUGAAAACCGAAUCAAAUCAAUGUGUUUUGAUGCAUGUUGUGUGUCAGGUUGUAUAACUAACAAUUACUGCUUUCGUUCUCCGAGUUGCUGAAUUGCGUCUGAAGUUUCCGACGGUUGAUCGAGCAGUGCGGUUAGUUUCCAUAUACAUGUAUGGUGAUAAUUAUCCGGUUUGAACGCCUUUGUCCAGAUACACUGAUUUUAAUCCAUCACUGCGAUAGUUCAGUGUAUCCGACAAUAAGUGAUAUUAUUAUUAUUAUUAUUAUUAUUAUUAUUAUUAUUAUUAUUAUUAUCGCAAUGCAGCUGGUAGGUUUCUUAUGUUAAAUGAUACCCGGCUAAAAGCGGCCGAAAGUUUUAGUCUGUAGUUGUUUAUCUUACCUGCGGAACAACAUGGAUGCUGCAUGGAGCAGUUUUCUCUUCCAGACCACGCCCACCCAAACCCAUCUAGAGGGCUCUCUCCAAUCAGAGCUCAUGCAGGUCCACGCGAGCUCGCCUCAUAGCCCGCCCACUGAGUCCGUAGCCACGCCCCCAUCGACUGUGGACACCACCGCCCUCAGUGAGGACCCUGUACCUGAAAAGCCACCAGUUCGUCCAGGCCGUGCUGCUCAUAUCUGUGCCAUCUGCAACAAGCAAUUCAAAAAUAGCUACAACCUGCGGCGGCACCAGUCUGUUCACACAGGUGUGCGUCUAAAGGGAGGCUCCUCCCAGAAUCGGGAAAGUGGCUCCAAAGAGGCCACCGAGCCUUUGUCCCUCCUCCACCUCAGUAUAGUCCCACCCACUUCAGUGCUUCCCGCUCCACCUCCACAGCAGCCGCUGCUAACUCAUGACACCAGUGAUUCAGCCAUGGCCAGCACAGUCACGCCCCUCCCCCCCCCAACAGCCAUCGUCAUGCCGACGGGGGAGCCAGUCCAGCAGAGGCCAGUGAACCCAACCCCAAAUGCUAACGUGGUGCGUAAGAACCAUGCAUGUGAGACUUGUGGGAAGGCCUUCAGGGACGUCUACCACCUGAAUCGGCACCGGCUCUCGCACUCGGAUGAGAAGCCCUUCUCCUGUCCUGUGUGCCAGCAGCGCUUUAAGAGGAAAGACCGAAUGAGCCACCACGUGCGCUCACACCAGGGUGGCGUCGAGAAGCCCUACGUGUGCCCACACUGCGCCAAGGCCUUUUCUCGCCCUGACCACCUCAACAGCCAUGUCAGACAAGUUCAUUCUACAGAACGACCUUUCAAAUGUCCGACGUGUGAAUCGAGUUUUGCCACAAAAGAUCGACUGCGUGCUCAUAUGAUCCGGCAUGAGGAGAAGGUUCCAUGUCACAUCUGUGGCAAACUGCUCUCAGCCGCUUACAUCACUGAUCACAUGAGGGUGCACAACCAGUCACAACAUCAUGCCUGCCACCUGUGUAACAGAAGUUUCACAACGCUCACGUACCUGCGCAUACAUGCUCAGAAGCACCACGGUCAGGAGUGGAAGGAAAGUGGCUUUGGUUCUAGCGGUUCUGUUCUAGUGUGCCAUUUGUGUGGCGUGCACUGCAAAACCCUCACACAGCUGCAGGGCCACAUGGGUACUCACAAUCCCCCGGGCAGCAGCAGUGGAGAUAGCGCACCUGAUGGCACGGUGGUGCUGAGCAGCAGCAGCAUGGCGCCGGCACCCGCUGUCUUCGUGAGCACCAACACCAUGGUGGACCUGCUGGUCACCGACUGUUCCUGCAUCGCACAGGAGCCACAGAGCUAGUACUGCAUGCCUGUAACACACAUCUAUAUCCACAGACAUUCAAAUUUUCACACACACACACACACACACACAAGUACCCAGCUAGCUAACUAGAUCUCUGUACAUACCUUUGUGAUGCAUAGGACAUGUUUAUAAGAAUGGUAUAUACCAGGGCUAUUCAGUUAGCAGGUUUUAUUUUUUUAAACAAUCCAGCUUGUUAAUGAUGCUAUAAUAAAGUUGCUGUAAUUGAUUUUCUAGUCUUUACAUUGUGAUAGCAAUCAAUAAAACUUCUGGGCUCUGGAACCAUCAACUAAAAAUGAACAUGCCCUCUUUAUAUUAAAGCAAUCAGGAAACUUCUUUUCAAAGAGGUAGUCCUCUCUGCACAGGCAGGUCAUAUAACAUUCACUGUAUAUAAGCAAGACAGGAAGCUCGAUCUUAAAUGGGUUGAUAUAUAUCUUACAGAAGUGAUUGCAAAGAAGGAUGAGCAAAAUUUCUGUUCCUGAUGUUGAUGGAUUUGAGAAAACGAAGUGUGGAAAUGAAAAGUGUACGGGGGCG